AGGCGAUCUCUCCUCGCCAGGUUUUCCUCUCACGAACCUAUUCAAUCACCCUUUGACCAUUGAGAAGAAAAGAAAGAAAGAAAAAGGGUCGACAUCAUGAAGAAGACUUUCUUGACCAUUCUUGCCCUCAUAGGAACCGGGCUCUGUUUCGAUCAUUGCGUCUGCACCGACGACUCGCAGAGCACGGCAGAUGCGACCACCCUGUCGGUGUGCGCCGACCCGGGCUCGAUCGAGACAGGAAUCUGGCCGGUAUACUUUUACGGCGACGGAUGUCCGGAUGAAGACGGCCUGGAGAUACAAGACGGCCAGUGUUAUAGUCCCGCAACCUGUUUGAAUGACGACAAGUUCCUCACGGCGUGUAUCAAUGCUGGGGCGACGGGAGCCCGCUGCUGGCAGGAAGAUUAA